CGCAUGUCCGCUAAUCUCCACAUCAUGCCCUGUAGGUAACCGUUCGUGGAUAUGAUGUAUAGAUCUGCACAAAAUGCCCGGCGACACUCAAACGAGACCCAAGCUUCCAGUCAUUCUUAUGAAAGGCGUGAGUGUCACGCAGCCGCUUAGUUUGCCUGUUUACAUAUCAGUACACAGCAGUAAACCUUCUAAAAAACCUAGAAAUGUCUUUUUACAGAAACGCAGUUUGGUUCCUGAAGGGUCUUCAAGAAUAUACAAAGAGCGGCUAUGAAGCAGCAGCGAAACACUUUGUAUCUUCCGAUCUGGAGGUGAAUUUGAGCGGCAGGUCGUUCGUCAUCACAGGGGCCAACAGUGGCAUCGGGAAGGCCACGGCGAAUGAAAUAGCCAAAAGAGGUGGGACGGUGCACCUGGUAUGUCGGAAUAAAAGUCGAGCGGAGGAGGCCAGAAAAGACAUUGUGGAGCAGAGUGAAAAUGAGAACGUCCAUGUUCACAUUGUGGACAUGUCCAGUCCCAGGCAGGUGUGGGAGUUUGCCAGUGCGUUCAGUCAGAACCACAGCGUGCAUGUGCUGAUCAACAACGCUGGGUGUAUGGUGAAUCAGAGGGAACUGACUGACGAAGGCCUGGAGAAAAACUUUGCCACGAACACGCUCGGAACGUUCAUCCUGACCACAGCACUGAUUCCUGCUUUGAAAAAUUCCCAGGACCCAAGAGUUGUCACUGUGUCGUCUGGAGGGAUGCUGGUUCAGAAGCUGGACGUAGAGGAUCUACAGUUUGAGAAGGGAACCUUUGACGGCACCAUGGCUUACGCCCAGAACAAGAGGCAACAGGUGGUCAUGACAGAGCAGUGGGCAGCUCAACACAAAGAGAUCCACUUCUCGUCCAUGCACCCAGGCUGGGCCGACACGCCAGCGGUGCAGUCGUCCAUGCCAGAUUUCCACGCUAAGAUGAAAAAUAAACUGCGCACUGAGGCGCAGGGGGCGGACACGGUGGUCUGGCUGGCUGUUUCGGAUGCUGCCGUUAGACAGCCCAGUGGCCUCUUCUUCCAAGACAGAAAGGCAGUGUCCACCCAUCUGCCCCUGGCCUUCUCCAGGUCCUCUCCUGCUGAGGAGGCGAAGCUCAUGAGCACACUGGAGCAGCUUGCGGAGAAGUUCAAACCAUGAGUUGUGAUGUAAGAAGUUAUAAGCUCUCUAUGGCGCAGUAUCUGAAGGCCAACCAGGACAUUUUAAGGGGAGUCUGAAGAAAAAGCAGACACAUUUGAGGAUUCUUCUGCAGGUCAUCCAUCAUUCCAGCACUUAAACUGUCUAAUGAGUCUGGAUUCCGUGUUUUUAUUCUUGCCACAACACUAAAUCUUUAUUUAAGUCUAUGUUGAGCUGCUAAUGCUAGCACUUGAGAACAUUUCUUAACACACACCAAGAUGCACUACCUGUCCAAAAGUUUGUAGACAGCUGCUCCGCCAAAGUUUCUUCUGAAAUCAAACGUACUAAUAGUGGGUUUUUCUAACUUUGCUGCAGUAACAGCCUCUACUUUUCUGGAAAGGCUUUACACUAGAUAUUGGAACAUUGCAAUGAGGAUUUGAUAGCGUUUAGCCAUAAUAGCAAUAUCGUUAGUAAGCUCAGGUACUUAUGCUCGGUGAUUAGUUCUGGAUCCCUCCAACUCAUCCCAAAGGAAUUUGGAUGGAGCUCCAUCACUCCAGAGAAUGCAGUUCCACUGCUCCACAUCCCAGUGCUGGUGGGCUUUAUACCCCCUCUGGCUCACACUUGGUGUUGGGCAUGGUGGCCUUAGGCUCAGGCAAGCUGUGGGUGUGCACUUGAACACCUCUCUCCGCAACUUAAUAAGUGAAUUCACUCAGUAGAAGGGCAGUCUGGAUACUUUUGGAUAUACAGUGUGCAUCCUCUUAGGAGCAAAUGGACAAAACCAGUGCUUGUUUACUCAUGAACAAAUUUAAAUUUUUAUACAUUUGAUAUACUAUGUUAGAUGAUUUACUUUUGAAGAUGACAUAGCCAGAAAAAAGAAGCUCCACACAUAUUCUAAUGGAUCUAGUGGAUGUUCUUUGUAUACAGCCACAGAUUUCCACCAAUAAAAGGCAAUUAAAACUA